UGUCAAUUUAUGUUCUGGAUGAUAGAUUUGGUGAGGUGAUUUUAGGGUUUACUGAUUCUAGUGAAAAUGGGGGUUUGUUAAUUUAGGGUUUGUUUUGGGUUGAUUUGAUUUAAGAGUGGUUAAUUUGGUGUAUUGUGAUAUGGGAUCAUCUGGGUUUUUUACAAUAUGUUUAAUAUACUCUGUGGUUGCUUUAAGUUGUGGAACCUUAAUGAUGUUUUAUAGUCAUGAGGUGUUUGCAUUCAGUCAUGGGACUGAGAUUGCAUCGAAGCUGCUGGGAUCAACGCCUCAUGAUCAGUUGUUGAUCGAAACCUCGGAUUCGUUCUCCGGGUUGCUGUUGUUUGCGGUUGGGAUCUUGUUGUUCAUGGUGGCAUUUGUGAAGGAUAGGGAUUUUCAAAGCUUUUUUGCAAAAGGGUGUGUGCUUCUUCACAUUGCGAUGGCGAUUUGGCGGAUCUAUUUUGAGAGGAAGCUUGAAGAACUCGGUCGUGAUUGGCUUCGGCUGGUUUUUGGUGAUUUUGUCUUGGCACUUUCAUGGGUGUUGUUUCUUGUGUAUAGUUGGAGAGAAAAAUAUGAUUAGAUGAAUACACACUCGAUUCUAGGUUCGUUCUUGAAUCGAUCGGUCCUAGGCUCGCUGUUGGAGCGAUUCAAAAUUCGUGCCUGGACAGGUUCAGAUUUUUGCUUGUAUCGGUUCAAGAUUUGUGCUUGGAUUAUGGUCUUUGGUGACUUUGAAGAAAUGGCUUCCAUUAAUGGAGGUUGUGAAGGUUCUUUUGUUUAUUGUUUGAUUUGUAGCACAUAGUUUCUUGAUUUAAUGUCCCUUUUUUCAUGUUUAUAAAGAAUAUGUUUGAUCUUGGUGUCUUCACUUGUUCAUCUUCCAAUUUCUAGAUAGACAUGAAAAUUCUUGAU